GGCAUACAUUCACCAGGGAUUAAUAUACCAACUUUCUCUACUUUUCCAACUCCAAUAGCCAAGUUUUCUUGCAAUGCAACUCUUGACUACCCUCUCCACCAAUCUCAGUGACAACUCAAAACCAACCACAUCCACACCAAACAACAAAAUGAACACCUCCGAAUACCAAGCCAACGAGGCCAGAGUUCGAGUAGAAAGAACUCCUUCAAUUCCGCUCUCGCCAGCAAAACUUCCAUCUCCGACCCACCUCCCUUGCCACCGAAUCGACCCCUCUCAAACGCUGCAGCUCCCCUUCCACGAAAGUCAAAAGGCGGAAACACCGUUUGUAAAUCCUCUAGGCGGUGAAUCAACCCUUAUCGCCACCACACCACGAUCUCCAACUUCACUCUAUGCCAAACUGGUAUCCUCAGAACGAACAUCACCCAGUUUCGUCGAAGCAGCUGCGCGGCCUAGGCGUGCGGGCGAAGAGAAAGAGACAUGGCAAGAUGGAUGUGUGAAGGCUAUUGAAGUAGAUGCUGAGGGUGCGAAAGGAGAGAGGAAGAGGAGCAAGAAGGAGUGGAGGAGCGAUGAGGUGGAGCCGGCGAAGAAGAAGAGCAGGGAUUAUAAUCCGAUGGCUUGGGCACCGAGACAGAGGAAGGAGAAGGUUGCGAGUCAUCAGGGGCCCAAUGCUGGGCUUAAGAGGGGAUGUACAUGAUUUGUGAGAAGAUGGUGAAAAGCAUUGUGAUAGGAGUUUAAGGAUUUUGGGAUAGGGGAGAUGUUUUGCAAUGUCAAUUUAGCGAGUUUGGAGAUACCUUAAGUAGAAUUCUUUUUGAACUUAUGCAAUUAGGCAACUCAGUACAGUGCCUAUCACUUCACUUCUUAUUACAGACGCUACAUAGGCAAGGUAGCAAAACCCCGCCUGGUUCAGAGGCCCUUGAAUCGCCUCCCUUUUGGUCUUGGUUACACAACACUACAGAGAGCGAUAAGAAUUAAAUGUGCCGGGCGUUACUCGUACGGCAAUUUUCACUCGGC